UUUAUCUUAUAGUUACUUCUGUAUCGUAUAGUUGACAUUUGCUUCUAAUUUUGUUGAUGUUUCAUAGUUUUAUGUAUUAUAUAAUAUUUCUUUUUAUUUUCAUUUGCUUCCUGCAAGUUGCUCGAAAAAAACUAAACACUCUAUAUAUUUUGACAAUUUGAAGUUCCCUUGUCCAUGGCGAUUUUAAGACAUAUUUAAAUAAUUUAAAUAAUCCAAAAUAAACUGCAGUUAAUUAUUAACCAUGGCUUUACUUUUGCGGAGUUGCAUUUUAAACCAAAGGAAACUGUUUUUGAAAGAAAUUAUUACAUUUAAAGGGACGUCUAUGUAUUAUACAUGCGGAAACGUCAAGAAAUUUAGACCAUGUUUGCAAGUAAGGCAUGUUUCUGAUAAACACAGUGAAAGAAACACUAAUGAAAGAGAAAUGAUAUACAAUGGAACAUUAACAAACAAAGUCCGUAAUAUUAAACUGAUAUCCUUGUUAUCAUCAGUUGUAUCAGUAAUUUCUCAACCAAUUAUUUACAUGAAGAUUUUAGAAGAAGAUAAUUUAGCAAGUGCAGGAACAUUAUUUGCACUAUUAAAUGUAGUUACUAUAAGUAGUCCUCUUUUAAUACAUUUCUUAACAAGAAGAUAUGUAAUUGAAAUGUAUCAUUAUCCUAACGAAGAGAGGUAUACAGCCAAAUUAUAUUCAUUUCUUUGCAAAGAAAGAGAGAUAACAUUUACUCCAAAUGAUGUUAAUGAAUCUAAAACACAACUUACUGGAGCAUUUACAACCUGUGUUGUAGGUGGUAAACCUUUGCUUUUUGAUGAAAACAAUUUUAUAAAUCCCAAACAUUAUAAAAUUAUUAUGAAUUAUAACAAACCAAUGGAUUUUGAAGUAGAGCAAUUACAUAUUACUGCGAUCAAUCAACCACAAAAUAAAAGAAUAACAAUGGGGAACAAAAACGAAAAUCAGAAAUAAUUUGACAAGUAUAGUUUCAUUUAUUACACGGCUUUUUAGUCUAAAUUUUUAUACAUUAUUUAAAAGCACUAUAUAAGUUGCUAGGUACAAAAUAUAUACGUUAUUACGAGAGACUGUAUAUUAAAAGAUACAGUACCAAAUUACUAACGUAUGAGAUUGUACAGUUAUUGAAUUUGUAAAAUUCAUUUGUUCAUCCUUUUAAUUAUAUAAUGCGUCAAUAAAACAUAUUAAGUAUUAAACGCAAACAAAAAUAAUUUAUAUAAUGUGAUACAUAAAUUUUGAAAAAUUGGUUAAAAAUAUAAAUAUAAUGUAAUACAUAAUCUAAUUAGAGUCAAAUGUUUUUUAAAUAUAGCCUCCUUGUGUAACAAUAGUUUUAAGAGCAGUACAAUGUAAUUUGGUAACCGUGCAAAAACGGCAAAUACAUUAUUAAAGAGA